AUGAAGAAGGAAAAAGAAAGGAAAAAGCAAACGUCGAGAACCAUUUCGACUGAAUUACGCACGACUCUUCGCAUUUUUCUUUUACAAAUAAUUUUCCUCCUCUUUCUCUUUCAUCUCGAUUUUGUCGUUUUUUCUUCCUACAUUUUCUCCCCUUAUUUACGUGCCUUUUUCUCUUCUUCUUCUUCUUCUUCUUCUUCUUCUUCUUCUUCUUCUUCUCUUUCUUUUUUUCUCCUAUUCUAUUUUUUUCAUCUUUUCCUAUCGCUUAUUCUUAGACAUUUAUUUCUUCACUUUCCUCCUUUCAUUUUACCCAGUCUUUUUACUUUCCCCCCUUUUACUCCCUUUCUAUCUUCUCCCUCUUAUUCACAUUCUUUUCUUUCCUCUUUUUUUUCACGUGUCUUUAUUCUAUUUUUCCUUUCUCCUCUUUCUUCACGUACUUUUUCCUUCUCUCUCUCUUUUGUCCCUUUCCACUUGACUUUUUCUCUCUCUUUUUUCUCUUCUUUUUUUUCCAUUUUCCUUCUUCUAUUUCUUCUGUCCUUCGCUGUUUUUCUUUCAUUUUCUCACACUUUUCACUUUCGUCCUCUCCUCGAGCGUUUCCUUCUUCCUCCUCUUUGGCUUCAUACUAACAUGUACAUGAGAGUCGCCCUUGAGAAGGAUUUUUCUUUCUUUCUUUCUUUCUUUCUUUCUUUCUUUCUAAGAAAAGGAUUUUUCUUUCUUUCUUUCUUUCUUUCUUUCUUUCUUUUCUUUCUUUCUAAGAAAAAGGAUUUUUCUUUCUUUUCUUUCUUUUCUUUUUUCUUUCUUUCUUUCUUUCUUUUUUUCUUUCUUUCUUUCUUUCUUUCUUUCUAA